AUGGCUCGGCGACGGCAGCUGCAGCAGUGGCUGCGGAGGCAGAGCUGUCAGCCAAGGAAGAAGGAUGCAGGACAAAAGGCGCCAGGCAGAGCACUGCCUGAAGUGGAGUGUAAGACUCCUACCCUUCAAUGUGACUUUCAGGAGCCUCUUCCUAUUCAGUACACCUAUCAUCAGCUUGGAGACAUUAAUAUUGCUGGCAUUAUUUCUGCUUUCCUUGCAUUUUCUAGUCCCAUUGUUUUCAUUCAAGAUCCUUCUCAGGCAUUUCAUGAUGGACUUAUAAUAGUUUUUCAGAGUUACCAGCAUAUUCUGACCUUAGCUUUUUCUGUAAAAGAGAUUAAUGAAAACCUCCAGAUUCUACCCAAUGUCACAAUGGGCUUCCACAUUUUUAACAGCAAUUUUAGUCCAAGUUGGACUUACUUUGCCUCAAUGUUGCUGCCUUUCACUCAGGGAAAAAUCAUCCCUAACUACAAAUGUGGGAUCGCAAAAAUGUUGACUGCAGCCAUUGGGGCAUCUGACAUCUCUCUUCACAUGGCAACUGUAUUGUGCAUCUACAAAGUACCUCAGCUGACCUAUGGAUUUGCUCCUGUCAUAGAUAAAGAGACUCAAGCAGUGUUCUUCCAACAAAUGUUUCCAAAUGAAUCCCACCAAAGCAAGGGCCUCCUGAAGUUGCUGCUGUAUUUUAGAUGGAUCUGGAUUGGAAUUGUUGUAGUAAAGGAUGAAAAAGGAGAAAAAUUCCUCCAGGAGGUGCUCCCCACAUUUUCCAAGCACGGUAUCUGCACUGAAUUCAUAGCAGAGUUACCAAAUGUGGCUUUAAACAGUGAUUUUACUGAUAUUAUAGAUGAAGGAUUACAUAUAUAUCAUGAUCUCAUGAACAGCACAGCCAAUGUGAUAAUCUUAUAUGGUGAAAUUAGGUCCUUACAAGAUCUGAGAACUUUACUCCAGUUUUCAGAAGUGGAGGAUAUACCAAAGAAGAAUAAGAUCUGGCUUAUAAAUGCUCAGACAGAUUAUACAUCAACUGCCAUUCAAAAAUCUUGGGAGAUACAUUUCCUACAUGGUGCUUUAUCCUUUGCCGUUCACACAAAGCAGAUCCAAGACUUCCAAGAAUUUCUUCAAAACUUGAAUCCAAACAACAACCAGAAUGAUCAUUUUCGGAAAGAUUUUUGGGAACAGGCAUUCAAUUGUUUCUUUCCAAACUCAAAAACGGAGACCUCUGAGAAGAAAUGUACUGGACUGGAGAGGCUUCAGAAUCUUCCCACAUCUGUGUUUGAAACACUAAUGAGUGGCCAGAGUUACAAUAUUUACAAUGCAGUCUAUGCUGUGGCACAUGCUUUGCAAUCUCUCUCUCUGUUCAAAUCCAGAGUAUCAAUAAGGAUGAAAGAAAGAUGGAAACAUUUUCAUAAUCAAUUGUGGUGGCAGGUUCAUCCUUUUUUGAGAAGAGUGAGUUUCAACAACAGUGUUGGUGAAAAGAUCUCCUUUGAUAAAAAUGGAGAAUUCAUUGGUGGUUUUGAUAUUAUCAACUGGAUCACAUUCCCAAACCAAUCUUUUGCUAGGAUCAAAGUUGGAGUGAUAGAUCCCACAGCUCCAGCAGAGAAGUUCUUCAAUAUUUCUAUGGAUUCCAUCACAUGGCCGUUAGGCUUUAAUAGGGCAUUACCUGUAUCUUUGUGUAAUGAUCCUUGUAAGACAGGACAAAGCAAGGCCAAGAAAGAAGGACAGUGGUUUUGUUGCUAUGAUUGUCGUCUAUGUCCAGAGGGGAAGAUAUCAAAGGAAAAGGACCAGGAUGACUGCUCUCCAUGUCCUGAAGAUCAAUAUCCAAAUCCUGGCAAAAAUAUGUGCAUUCCAAAGCGGAUCACUUUUUUGUCCUAUGAAGAACCCUUGGGGAUCAGUCUGACUGUUCUUUCUCUUUGCUUUUCUUUAAUGACAACUUUGGUAAUCACAAUCUUCAUCAAACACAAAGACACUCCUAUCGUCAAAGCCAACAACCGGAAUCUCACUUAUACACUGCUAAUUUCUCUUCUCCUCGCUUUCUUUUGUGUCUUUCUAUUUGUUGGGAGGCCCAAUAUGUUUGUUUGUCUCUUUCGACAACCAGCUUUUGGUCUCAUCUUUUCUGUGGCAAUUUCUUGUGUAUUGGCAAAAACCUUUGUUGUGGUUCUAGCAUUUUUGGCCACCAAACCUGGUUCCAGAUUGAGGAAAUGGGUGGGGGGAAGGAUGGUCAGUUUCAUUCUACUAUCCUGUUCCCUUGUUCAAUUAAGUUUUUGUGCUGUGUGGCUGAUAACAUCCCCACCAUUUCCAGAUUUUGAUGUGCUUUCAAUGUCUGAAGAAAUCAUCCUGGAGUGCAAUGAAAACUCAGUCAUGUUCUACUGUGUUUUGGGCUUUAUGGGUUUUCUUGCUCUGAUUAGCUUUUCUGCUGCUUUUCUAGCUAGGAAUUUACCUGACAGUUUCAAUGAAGCCAAAUUCAUCACCUUCAGCAUGUUGGUUUUCUGCAGUGUUUGGCUGUGCUUUAUUCCAACCUAUCUAAGCACAAGGGGAAAAUAUACAUUGGCAGUAGAGAUCUUCUCCAUGAUCUCCUCCAGUGCUGGAUUAUUAAUGUGUAUCUUUCUUCCCAAGUGCUUUAUCAUUGUGAUGAGACCUGAACUGAAUGAUAAACAUCAGCUCAUAAAGAAAAAGUUUUAA